AUGAAACGUGGGGUCUUUAAUAGAACCAUGUUGCUCGGCGGGGUGAAAGCGAUCUUGUGUCAAACUAUGAAGUCCAUCGUGGCCAAUCCCAGAUUUCGCAAUGUCGCCACCAGCCAAACUGGAUCUGGGGGUCGACCUCUUCGACAACGACGACCAAAAAAUAUUUUUUGGGCUGUUUGCGACAUUGAACGCGAAACUUUCACACAAGGUGCUGUUGGCCAAGCCGAGCCCAUUGCUCUAUUCAAAACCCCACGUUUCAUUGUAAAGUUUGGAGAUAUGGGCACCUUUAUGUUUGUAAGCGUGAUGCUAUAUGAAGAGUGGUCUUUGUUCAUUGUGAAGUAG